AUGUCAGGAGUAGAUGAGAAUGUCAGCGCAAUGCUGGCAUCAUCAGCAUCUGGGACGACGAUGAUGAUUAUCGUUCAACUGGCCUCGAGGAUUUUCACUUUCACCGCCAAUCAGUUGGUUUUGAGGAGCUUACCUCCGGCCAUAAUGGGUGUUGCAUCCCAACUGGAGCUAUACUUCAUCUCGAUAUUAUUUUUCUCCAGGGAAAGUAUCAGGAUGGCUAUACAAAGACAGCCAUUGCAACUCAAGCCCCUCACCAUGUAUUCCCACAAGGACAGCACUGGUACAUCUCCCAAAAAGAGCAAUGAUGUAUCUGAAGCCCGAACCAUAGCCUCGCAGUCAGUAGUGAACAUGUCCUACUUGAGCCUUGCCUUGGGGUUCUUGUUCGCUCUGGCAUUUGCUGCAUCUUAUGUACAGCUAGCAUCGAGAGAGGUGUCAGAGUUACCCUACUACUACGCAAGCGUGAUAAUCACAUCCAUUGCAUCCCUUAUGGAGCUCUCCACUGAGCCCUUCUUCACUGUAGUGCAGCAAUAUAUGCUACACAGACAACGUGCAGUGGUUGAAAUGAGUGCAGCCUUUGUAAAAAGCCUUACAACCUGCCUUGCCUGUGCGUGGGCUUCCAGAGCCGGCCACAGCAUUGGCGUGCUCCCAUUUUCAAUUGGUUAUUUCUGUUAUUCUUCCACUCUCAUAUGCGGCUAUAUGCUAGCCCUGUCGGGGGUUACGGACGCGCAGAAGUUUUCUAUGCUUCCCACAAAGAUAAAGUCAAGGGACAGAUCAGAGUAUUUCAUGGGAAGAUUCUCAUGGCCGAUGAUAGGGCUUUCCACAAAUGUGUUCUUUCAAUCGGUGAUAAAACAUCUUCUCACCCAGGGUGAUUCAAUGAUGCUGGCAACCAUGACGAGUUUAGAAGACCAAGGCAUAUACGCACUAGCCUCUAAUUACGGCGGUCUCCUAGCUCGCGUUUUCUUUCAGCCCAUUGAAGAAAGCAGUCGAACGCUCUUUUCCUCACUGCUAAACUCUGGCGGGAGCGGACAUUUACGUGUGAAAAACAUCGAUGCUGCUAAAACUCAGUUGACAGAAGUUCUCCAUGCAUAUAGUCUGAUGGCUAUUGUGGGGUUCCCCCUUGGUCCAGUUCUGGCACCUCAAUUGCUACGUCUGUUAGGCGGGCGCAUCUGGGCUUCACCCAAGAUCAGCAGCCUGCUUUCACUUUAUUGCUACUAUAUACCAUUUCUAGCUUUCAACGGUAUAAGUGAAGCAUUUGUCUCAUCGGCAGCAAACUCGACAGAACUACGCAGACAAGCGGUAUGGAUGGGAGUGUUUUCAGCAUGCUUUGCAUCUGCCGCGUACUUAUUCUUGAAAGUCGGCGCUCUCGGUGCCCACGGAAUGGUAUAUGCCAAUAUUGUCAACAUGGCAGUUCGCAUCGUCUGGAGCUUUUCCUUCAUUCGGAAAUUCAUGUCUCGACACGGAAGCGGUAUGGCUAUUGCCGAAUUUAGCCCACGGCCGCUUACCUGUAUCGCCAGUGUCACGAUGUCUAUAGUCCUUACCUCAAAGGGUCUAUAUGCUCUUGAUAUCUAUAGCACGAGAGAUGCACUGAUACUUGGAGCUAUGUACAUUCUUAUCGUGUCUUAUCUCGAGAGAAAAUCUUUGUUCAUAUAUUACACAAAAGCCCGCGAGCUGGUGAAAAGCAAAACGUCCCGAACUCCAAAGUCCAAAGGCGAAUGA